CCUCUUUCCUGGGCCUGCUUUUCUGUGCCCCUCCAUCUCCAUUCUAGCUAGCUGCUGCCGAGCACCGCAAGUCUUCGCAGCUCGUCACCAUCCAUCCACCUGCUGGUGUCCUCAAUGUCCUCUGUUUUUCUGUGCUGUCUUUGUUCCAAUCCUAUGGCACCGUUGUCACAUCAUCCAUGCCACUCAAUUGCUGUCGUUCCUCUGCCCUGUACAGUGUACUGACAUACUUUUAGAUCCCGAGUCAGUCCAACAACUUUGAGAACAACUCUACUCAGCAUCAAGUUAUGGGGCCUCCUCCAAAACCGAGACAGACACCCAAGCGCGCAACAUCCCUUAGAACUGCUCCAGCGAAGAGGCAGAGAGUCAAUGAUAACUUCUUCAAUGACCCGGAUUCCCUUCUCCAAAGCCAGAAAUCGCCGCUUUACCAAGAUAACGUCAACAUUAAGAAUAUUCUACAGCAUCCACAAUCCAUCGAAGCUCUAGCAGAGUCACAGCCAGAGUACAUGACGGCUGAAUCGGACACAUUAUCUACAGCCUGUGCUGCCUUCAAGGAGGACGGUGCUCUAGGUCGUUUUGACCCCGGUUUCCUUAAUGAUGCUAUUGCAGCAUCUAACUUAAGAGCUGCUGGUGGAACAGCUGAGUAUGAACAGGCGCAGUUUCAUAACAUAUGGGGGGGUGACAAGGAGACAUACAGUGAUGAUGAUAAUGAAAAUGCUCAUGAAUCACCUCGCGACAGCAGUGAGAAUAACGACGAAUCAAACAAGAAUUCUACAUAUGAUGAUUUUACACAAGACCGUCAUGAAAAUGACGAGGAGAGGAAUCAUUAUUCAGAGUAUGAUGACAACGUCAUGGGACCAGCAACUAAUCACCCCAUUUUAGGUAAUUCGCCCGACUAUACCAACUAUGGAACUGCGGAGAUCCCGAUUUUGUAUGCUCCCCGUACCCAGAUAUCCCUGUGGAGCAGCGAUAUCAAAUUGGAAACACUCUUUGUGAUGUCCCGGGGGAUGUGGGCACAAACGCCUAUCCUGAGACCGGGAGAUUUGAUAAUUCUGCACGGGCCCGGUGGUAUCUUUAAGGAAGCUAAGGUUGCGGCCCCCUUGGGACAUUGGGAGAAUGGCUUGCCUAGGCCAAAGAACACAAGCAUAUUCGAUAUAGAAGUGCCACCUGGCCAACAGCCCAUCUCGAAGCCCGGGAUCCAGGAUAUCCGAUAUCCUCGACCCGGCAACCAGCUUCAUGGUUGCACAGAUAUUCGUGAUUGCAUGAUGGCGGAGGAUUCACACCUGAAUAUUCCUGUUGGGGCUAGCAGCUUCAUACUCAAACGCGGGGAUGAAAUCUUGGGUUCUAUAGCUGAAGUACGCCAAGCGUACUCCUUUGCGAUAAAGGAGUACGACUUUUUGAACCAAAUCAAUUUUGACGACGGCGGUCGAGCCCGCCGAGUCGCCCGUGAACAGACUCAUGAGGGUUACUACCUUUUUGGUAGUUGUCUCUACCGAAAGGUAGAGAGAGGUGUGGUGGGAUCCCAAAAUCCCAACCUCUGUAUUGACCUCGGUGACGAUCUGAACGCCAAACUUGCAGAUUGCGCCGAGCCGGGAUAUGCUAUCCUCAUGGUAGAUACGCGUAUCCUGGGAAACGACGGGAUCCCGGCCCCACUGGGUGCGAAGCAUCCAGAUAAGGAAGAAGCAUACCAACGGGGCCCAAAUGCCUUCUCGACCCUGUUCACCCGCAACUUGGCGGGCUUAUUCGGCUAUUCCCUUGGCCAUGCCCACAUUGGACCCCUUGGCCUGACGAAGGGAUAUGGCCAGCGGCAGUGGAACAAGGGGAUUGGCACCCCUUCGUCAUUCAAGCACGAGCGGACAGGCGCCCUGACAGCUGAAGGCCAAGCGCGCUUCAGACUGCAAACAGCCGAGCGGAUUGCCGCCUCCGACGGUUGUAAGAUAUUAGACGACCCGCGCGAGACCGAACCGUACUAUAUCAACCAGUUUCGGGCCUCAGACCCAACGCUAUAUCCAAGAUUUGCCAACGGCGCUCCCGACAAUUCUGCCGCCCGUCUCAGUAGGAUCGAUCAUAAACCUAGAAAUUCCUGGUUUGAUCUAAAUAGGGUUCCACCAGAACUGACUCCGCCUGGUGCCCUCAUCUCGAAGGCAGAGGAGCAGAAGAUCCGCCUGUUCCAGACCAAGUUCCUUUCUGGCAAGAUUGUGCAUCGCCCUGUGCCUCGCACCAUGGCUCAUCGCUUUGUACCUUAUCCUCCCAAGGACGGCAGCCCAAUACAACCAUUACAGCUGCCCGCCGACGAUCCGCGAGUUCAAGCUUUCGAUGCUUCACGCGGAUAUCCCUAUCGCAUACAAAAGCCGGGUCAACAGCAGCCGCAACAGGCCUUCCAGGGCACCCUUGCUUCUCAGCCAAGUGUCACUCGUGGUGCUCGUACAGGAAAUCGAGCUCGUCGCAAUUCCCCCACCAUUGACAAUCAGAGCACCCAAUCGACUCGUUACGGCCAGAGUUCUUUCAAGGGCACGCUUGACUCCUCGCUUGGCUCCAGCAAUCAAACUGCCAGCGACAACUGUGCCGCUCAUCCUCACAGCAGACAAAACACCUCCGACCCCUACUCCCCUCCACCCGUCAGUCAGAAUACAUAUUCCAGCCCGCAGUCGGCUCCACAGCGGGCCGCUUACGUCGAUAAUUUGAAGAUGCGGCACCAGAGCUUAUAUCCAGAAGACCCAUCUCCUCAAUCUCUCAAUAUUGACGAUCCAUACGCGGGUGUUCUCAAAACUGGUCGGCUUGGCUUCGAUUAUUCUAACGAAGGCCCGGGGUUUUCCAAUCAGAGCUGGUAUCUCGAUGACCCAUCUUCUGGUUCCUUCAGCAGUGAUAAUCCACACGGGAGCCGUGUCAAUUCUGCCACAAGUGGCUUCGAUCUGAACCACGGCCCAGAAAACUCCUAUUUCUAUAGGAAUUCUGAAGAUCCACCCUCGGUGAUGAAUCAAUUGAAGGCCGUCCUUAGGGACGGAUCCUUGUCAACAACUGAGAUCCUGGAGAAUAUGCUGAAUGGGGACGAGUCAAUUGAAGAUAUCAGAGCUGCCUUUCACGAUCUGUUCGGCAAUGUGUAUGAUGCGUAUAUCUCAGACCAUGUCCACCCGAAAGGCCCCAAGACAACCCCGUUCAACGAAGCUCUGAUCGACCCCAGUCCGAGAGACCAAGGACAACAUUCGACCUUAUCGACUGCUUCUUUUUCUGCUCCUAUGUCACGAGACCCGAGCUCAACUUCUAACGUUUCCUCCUUCUCUGCAGCUACGACUUACGAUUCUCCUGCCCUUGAAGUGCCCAAGCACAAUGACCCAUAACGACUGUUUUACGAUACCGAUCCGCCGGAGUUUACUAAGAUACCCCUGGACUUUCUUUUCUCUCUACGA